CGAGUCAGAGGUCGAUGCGGAAGUGGCUGCUCCUGCUGCCUGUGCAGAGAUGUGUGUAGCCUGUGCGGGCUAACGGGCUCACCGGCGCGUUUUGAGCUGUUUGUCAGUGGAAAGGACAGGUAUGAAAAGGCUCGAACUGUGCCUAAGACGGAGGAGGUACGUCCAGGAAAAUGAUUCCCACGGACUUUGUCUCUGAAAAAGAGGGAAAGCACACGUAGACACCCGGAAGUGUUGCUGAAGCUUCCAGCAGCCACGGACACAAUGAGCGCCAAAUAUGGCCUGGUGAGCUACAACAGUUCACGGAAGCAUAUCUCAAUCUCCAUCCCCUCGUCCACGGAGGUGAUGUCUCCUCACAUAAAGUCUGUGGAGGAGCUGAAGGUUCUGGGAAUCAACCUCACCAGUCUAAGUGCCCCCACGCAGUUCUUCAUUUGUGUGGCCGGAGUCUUUUUCUUUUACCUUGUCUAUGGAUACCUGCAGGAGUUGAUAUUUUCUGUGGAAGGAUUCAAGCCAUUUGGUUGGUACCUCACUCUGAUCCAGUUUGGAUUCUACUCUUUGUUUGGAUUAGUGGAGCUCCAGCUUACACAAGACAAACGCAGAAGGAUACCGGGGAAGACCUAUAUGAUCAUAGCAUUCCUAACGGUGGGCACGAUGGGGUUGUCUAAUACGUCUCUGGGCUACUUGAACUACCCCACGCAGGUCAUCUUCAAGUGCUGUAAACUCAUUCCAGUUAUGAUUGGAGGCAUUUUUAUUCAAGGUAAACGCUAUAACCUGGCCGAUGUGUCUGCUGCUCUCUGCAUGAGUCUGGGACUCAUCUGGUUUACCCUCGCGGACAGCAAAGUGGCCCCCAACUUCAAUGUCACAGGAGUUGUCCUCAUCUCCCUGGCGCUGUGUGCAGAUGCUGGGAUUGGAAAUGUGCAGGAGAAAGCCAUGAAACUCCACAAUGGCUCCAACUCCGAAAUGGUGCUGUACUCGUACUCCAUCGGCUUCGUCUACAUCCUGGCAGGCCUGCUCUGCGUGGGCGGGCUGGGCCCAGCAAUAGCCUUCUGCUCAGAGCAUCCUGUGACGACGUACGGUUAUGCCUUCUUCUUCUCUCUUACGGGUUAUUUUGGAAUAUCAUUUGUGCUCGCCUUAAUCAAGCUCUUUGGUGCCCUGGUCGCAGUGACAGUGACCACAGGGAGAAAGGCCAUGACUAUCGUUCUUUCCUUCAUGUUCUUCACAAAACCUUUCACUUUCCAGUACAUCUGGGGCGGCCUUCUGGUGGUCUUUGGCAUCUUCUUGAACGUUUACAGUAAAAACAAGGACAAAAUGAAGUUUCCCUCACUUAAGGAACUCAGGAGCUGGCUGCGGACGGGAAAGAAAGUCAGAUUUCUUUCGCAAAAUGUAUAGGAGGCACCCACAAGUACUGGGGACAUGUCCUGCAAAAGCAGACAGUUUGAGUCUGUCGUUGCCCCACAUUUUACAAGGGGACAUGCUGAAGCACGUGGCUGAGCUACAGGGCUACAUCACCAGGAAUAUUUGAGCCAAGGAUGGGUCCAGUCAGCCUUGCAAACAGCUGACAUCACGAAUAAACUUGGGAUCAGGGAGUUGCUGGGUCACGUACUGUACACAUACAGUAUAGCGUUGGUCAAUUUCAAGUCCUUUAUCUGCAGCAAACUGAAGGAAGUGUAAAAAUGUUUUUAAAGGGGAUCAACGCCAAGUGGGAUCUUGUAAAGCAAGGCUUUACAGUCCCGCGGAAACAUUCCCACCAUGGAGCACAUCACUAAGACUCGAAAGGGAAGCGGCUCCUCAGCUAACCAAAUUGCACAGUUUUGCACUGAAAUCGACUAAAAAAACACUUAAACUCUUGAGUGGUUGUAAGAAAAAUGAAAUGUUGGUAGGAAAGAGGCCAGAAGAGAUGUGUUCAUGUGUCAUGUGUGAAAAGAGUGUCACCUACCCACAAAGGAGCAAGUACAUAUUUGACAAAUGCAUAUUUUCCCCUGCAUGUGUCAGAUAGGUGGAACGAUUUAUUUUCUUUCUUUUCUUUUCUACUUUUUUUUUUAAUGCAGUCUUUGUGUUUUUAAAAGCUGCUCUCGUAGUUUAUUGGUGAUUCAUGUCUGGCUGUACCCUAAUUCAUUAAAAAAAAAGGAAAAAGUGGUAUGUGUGGUCAUGUAAUGAUAUUUUGGGUUAAUACAGAGUCAUUUGUGUCUCUGUACAUCAGCAACUGCCAUAAUUUACUAACCAUAUUUCUGGGUGAAAAGGUACAACUCUUCUUUCAAUAAAGUGUGUAUUUAGUAUUUACA